AUGGGUGUUCAAUCGUUAUGGGACAUAGUUGGUCCUCUGGCGAGACCUGUCAGACUAGAGGCUCUAUCACGAAAGAAACUCGCGGUUGACGCGUCAAUAUGGAUAUACCAAUUUUUAAAGGCAGUACGUGACAAGGAAGGCAAUGCUUUGCCACAAUCUCAUAUCGUUGGGUUUUUCAGAAGGAUCUGUAAACUAUUAUAUUUUGGAAUUCAACCUAUAUUUGUAUUCGACGGAGGAGUACCCGUUCUCAAACGACAAACCAUCAACGAAAGAAAGAAUCGAAGACAGCAGAACUCCGAAUCAACUAGGGAAACAGCACAGAAAUUGCUAGCAAUUCAAUUGCAAAGGCAAGCAGAGGAGUCAGUAAAUAAACAAAAAGGAGCUCGACUAUUGAAUCGAGAGAUUGUUAACGACGAUGAUGAUGUAAUAUACUUCGACGAUCUACCGAUGAACAAAGUUGUCGUGGAAGAAAAGUUACCAGAGCGACCAAAGUCUAUUAAAUUCAGAAAAACUGACGAAUACCAUCUUCCGGAUUUGAAUGAAUUCAGAGUUUCUCGACGUGAUCAAAGGAUUAUGCCCGAUGAUGAUAAUACAGAAGUAUGGGAUGAUUUUGAUCAUGUGGAUGGGAUCAACAUAAACGAAGUAGAUCCAAAAUCGAAGGAGUUUGCAAAUAUACCUAUUGCUACACAAUACAUGAUUUUGAAUCAUCUUCGACUAAAAUCUAGAUUGAGGAUGGGGUACAGAAAGGAACAGUUGCAGGAGCUAUUUCCAAAUCUGAUGGACUUCUCCAAGUUUCAAAUCCAACAAGUACAAAAGCGUAAUUUUUACACACAAAAGCUCAUGAAUGUGACCGGUAUGAACGAUGAAGAUACCAUUGAUAGGCGGGUUGCUGGUGAAAAGGACAGAAAAUAUGCUUUAGUGAAAAAUGAGGAUGGAUGGACGUUGGCUCUUGAAGGAGGUGGAUCGACUGCAGAAAACCCUAUCAACCUAGAAGUUGAUGAAUGGCCUUUAAGAGAACAACCAAAUCAUCAAGAUACUGCCAAAAGCGACGAAACUGAUCUGGAUUUUGAGGAUGUAAUUUUGGAAGAUACGAGGGAAACUCAAGAAGAAAGGAUGACACAAGAGGCGUUGAUUAAGUCGAUUUAUGAGAAGUAUGAGAAUCAAAACCCUUCGCAUGCAAAAGAAAGUACCAAACAACUCAGUUCUUAUGAGCAACAAUUAAGGAAAGCAGUCGAAGAGAGUAAACAGGAGUACUUUAAGUUGAGAAAAGAAGAGGCAAGUAAGGAAAAUGACAUCAGAAAAGGUAAUAGCCUUGACUUGCAAUCCUCAGUGUUAUUUGCAGACGCUACUGAUACAGCAGAGAGAGUUUCAAACAGGAUGCAGAAGCCACCGCAUGACCACAAGGGAUCCCCAUCGAACAAUGAUCUACAGAGCUCACUUUUAUUUGAUUCUCAAAACCACAAGACUGGAAGAAUAAAUUUAAAAGUAGCUGAUAAUGAAGACUUUUCUGGAAAGGGUCAAACAGAAACGGAGGAAGAUUUUGGGGCUGAUGCUAGAAGUGCAGAGUCCUUAGAUACCGAAGCUUCAAUGGAGAAGGAUAAUAAUGAAACGCAAUCGGUGCAGAAGAGCCCGCAAAGUGACGAAAGAGACUACUACGACGAAAAAACUCGUAACCAGUCAAAAGACACAAACUCAUCUACCAGUGGACAGCAAACAUUACCUGAUUGGUUUCAGAAUGAAAUUAAUAAAACCUUAAAUCCACACAAUGAAAAGUUUGUACCCAGCUCCGGGCUCGAAAUGAAGGGUAACAACAUAGAUGAUGAGGCGGGUUUGAUUCCUUGGUUUGAAGCUAAAGAGCUCUUUGAAAUGAAUGAUGAGAAUGAAUUGACGACAAAUGACGACGUUAUAGAGCUACCUUCAAGGACUAUCGAUGGUCUCUCUGACGAAAACAACGAUCAAAGGGAGGAUACAAAUGAAGCAAUGGUUUGGGAAUCAGAAACUAGACGUCCGGCGGUUAUUGACUACGACUUUGAGGAGGGAGACGAAGAGAUCUUGGUCCAACAGUUACAAAGAGAAGAAGUCGAUCAUGAAAAUCUAAAGAGCCAGAUAAAACUGUCUCACGAUACCCCAAUUUCAUCAAUUGAGACGAGAAUCACCGAAGAACAAUUAUUACAGGAGAAAUUACAGAAAGCAAAGCGGGACUCUGACGAAGUGACAGAGAGUAUGAUAAAUGAUGUACAAGAGCUAUUAAAGAGGUUUGGAAUUCCAUACAUUACAGCCCCCAUGGAGGCAGAGGCUCAAUGUGCAGAGCUUUUGAGGAUUGGAUUGGUUGAUGGUAUUAUUACUGACGAUAGCGAUUGUUUCCUAUUUGGCGGGGACAGGAUAUACAAGAAUAUGUUUAACCAGAAGCAGUUUGUUGAGUGUUACAUCAAGGAAGAUAUUGAGACUAACGUUGGGUUGAGCAGAGAAAACUUGAUUGAGUUGGCGAUGUUGUUAGGAAGUGAUUAUACGCAAGGAAUAAAAGGAAUUGGUCCAGUUUUGGCAGUUGAAAUACUUGCAGAAUUUGGCAGCUUGAAAAGAUUGAAAAGCUGGUUUGAUGAGAGAACAAAAACAACCAAGUUAGACCAGACUAGCUUAACCCCAUUGCAAAAAAGUCUUACUACACGUAUCAAAAAUGGGAAAUUAUUUUUACCGGACAAUUUUCCCAACAAAGUAGUUUUUGAUGCGUAUACGCAUCCCGAGGUAGACUCUGACAAAAGUGAAUUCAAAUGGGGGAUACCAAACUUGGACCAAAUAAGGUCAUUUUUGAUGUACAAUGUCAAUUGGUCUCAAGAAAGGGUUGACGAGGUAAUGGUGCCAUUGGUGAGAGAUUUGAAUAAAAAGAGGGCCGAAGAGUCUGCAAAGGACCUAUCAAUCGAAGCCGCAAUGUCAGCCUCAGCACGUAUAUACGAUACCCCAGGUGUCUCUCGCCCCCAAGAAAUUUCUUCCCUCCUCAACUCGAGAUCAAAUAGAGAUAUUCUGAAUGGUAUGAAGUGCGUCAUAGCUUUGAUAGCAAAGGGGGAAGAUGGGUUGCCCUAUUUUGCUGAUGUGGUGAAGAACGUCACUAAUGAAAAUGCCAAAGUUAAGCAAAUGGUGUUUAUUUACUUGACCAAGUAUGCCGACGUGGAAGCAGAUACCGCAUUGCUUUCAAUUAAUUCUAUUCAAAAGACACUCAAUGAAAAGUCGCCUUCAAAUAGAGCCAAUGCAAUCAGGUCUUUAGCAGGGAUCAAGAUUAGCUCAAUUGUACCAAUUCUUGCAUUGAGCUUGAAGCGAACAUCGUCCGAUCCAUCUCCACAGGUUCGUGCCGCAACCGCAAUAGCAAUAGGGAAGGUAUAUGAAAUAUCGGGGAAAUCCAAAAGACAAAUGCUAGAUAUUUUAGGAAACUUAUUGGCAGACAGUGAUGCUGUUGUGGUGUCAGCUGCUAUAAAGUCACAUUUCAAAGUGCAAUUAAAAAUACGCAGCGAAGCAAAAAAAUGGGAGCAUAUUCAUGGAAACUUUAGACGACUCUGCUCGCUAUUGCUAAAGUUUGAUGAAUUUGCCCAGGUUUAUGCCAUCGAUAUGCUAACGUUGUAUUGCCGGAAGUUCAUCACCAAACCGUUGGAAAACGAAUUUGAUCCUGAUUUGGAAUUGUUGGUACGGUCAGUAGAGCCUUUGGCGCAGUCCAUUUCAGACAUAGUGGUUAUUAGUGUUGCUCGAUGCAUAUAUCUUUUGGCACCUUCUUGUUUAGGCACUUUGGACGUGAUUCUCACACGUAUUUCAUCAUCUGCAAAUGAUACUCAGACGAGAGUAUACUCUUUGCAAACUAUUGAAUGUAUUUGUCAACAAUCCAAGCAUUUAUUUACAAAAAAGUUUAGACUGUUUUACAUAUUGCCAGAUGAUGCUCCAGAUAUAGCAAUUUUGAAACUCGGGAUUUUAAGUUUGAUUUCUGACGAUGCUAAUUUCAAAUAUAUCUUUGAAGAACUCAAGUUUUAUGCAUUGAGCCUGAGGCGCAAAAUAGUUGCCAAAGAAUCCAUCAGAGCUAUGGCAAAAUGCUCUCAAAUCUCUUCAACAUGGAAUGAGGAAAUUUUACAAUGGUGUUUGGCAAACAUCGGAGUGAUGACAGGGGAGACUCUAAACGAAAUUUUGACAGUAAUUCGAUUUGUUAUCCAACAGAAAUGUGAUGCAACUGGUGCAGAAGAGAAAAGUGAGAUCAUGAAAGUACUAAACAAACUAGCCUAUUAUUUGAACAAGGUAGAUCUAAAUUUGGAAAAUGAUGCAAAGGCUUCAAUUAUAUGGACAGUCGGAGAGUAUACAGUCCUUGCGGAAAAUGCCAUUGGCCCUGACCUUUUAAGAGUAGCAUUAAAAUCCUUUGCUAGACAAGCUGAGAACGUUAGAUAUCAAUUACUAGUUUUGGCAUGCAAGAUUGUUGCAUUUGAAAUGGGCAGAUUAACGAGCGAACAUGGCGACUCGGACCAAGACAAGGUUGCUAUCAAUGCAAAAUUGCAAGCGACAACUGAAUUCAAAAUGUUUGAAUAUGCUUUACAAUUGGCAAGGUAUGACCCAUCGUAUGACACAAGAGAUCGGGUCAGAAUGUUUAGCGUGUUGUUGGAUUCUGGUGUUGACAGAGCACAGUUGGCUUCGUUGAUUUUUCAAGUCCCUAAAUCUACGCCAUUGAUUAGCGAGGGGUCAAUCGCCAACGAUGAAGAGUUUAAAGCUGUUAGGCUGUAUUUUAAAGUAACUGAAUGGGCAACAGACCUUUCGCAGAUUCCACCAUCUUCGAUUAGGAAAGAAGCUCCAGUGCAGUACAAUAAACUUACAAAUGCUUCAAGCGUAUUUUCAGAGGGCUCAAAGUCGCCAAGUCCUGUCAAUCAACAAUCUUUCUCUUCGAAGCAGGUGAAUAAUAGUGGUGUAAGUCGCCCAGAACAAUCGACAAAAGCUUAUCAGUUGCAAAGUUUGGAUGACUUUUUUGGAAAUGAUGAAGAAUCAAGUGAAGAGGAGGGAAGUGAAGAGGAGGAUAGUGAGGAGGAGGAAAGUGAGGAGGAGGAAAGUGAGGAGGAGGAAAGUGAGGAGGAGGAUAGUGAGGAGGAGGAAAGUGAGGAGGAGGAAAGUGAGGGGCAGACAGAAGAUAACGAGGAAGCAAAACAUUUAGUGUCACAAGAUUGA